AUGAAUCGAGUGUUUGUCUACGGAACUUUGAAGGAAGGAGAGCCGAAUGAGCAUGUCAUGAGAGACGGGAAGAACGGCUACGCGAGGUUCCUCUCCCGCGCAAGAACCCAGGAGCGUUUCCCUUUGCUAAUCGCUUCGAAGUACAAUGUUCCAUACUUGCUCUACAAGCCGGGUAUCGGAUAUCGAAUAUUCGGUGAAGUCUUCGAGGUAGACGAUAGGAUGUUUUCCUUUUUGGACGGCUUCGAGAACUGUCCCGAGUACUAUCGACGCCUGGAGGAACAUGUUGAGCUUGAAGACGGUUCCAUGACGAGAGCUUGGCUCUACACUCUGAGAGAUUUCAAGGAAGAUCUCCUACAAAGACCUAUGAUGGCUGAUUAUUCCUCGAAAGGACCCCACGGCCUCGAAUACAACAAGGCAGAUGUCGAUGAUCCAGGCCAUACGCACUACGAUGAUGUGAAAAGAGGUGCCUGA